AUGGCGUUGCCCAGUGAGGCAGAUCAGAGAGCAGAAGUUGCAAAGAUGGAUUCCGACUUGCAGUAUGUGCUACAGGAAGCCAGUGCGUCACUGGCCACGCAAUAUGAGGUUGCGCGGCUCCAUCAGAGUCGUAGGCGAUUCCAGGCGAUCGCUGAUAAUCGCGAAGGUGCCAGGAUAGCUGCUCGUGAUUUCGGGAUUAAUCCUGAUACGCCGGCGGGCCGUGUUGAGGUGGCUGCUAUAGUGGCUGCAUGGGAACUUGCCAAGGAGUAUGAACGCCAAGCUAUAUUGAAAGCGGUGACAGACGCAUACGGGAAGAUGAAUGAAAGCGAGACUCCAAGUGCAGAGUACUUGGCAACCAAGGCCGAAGAGUGCGAGAGCAAUGAGCCUCUCGCGAGUUCGCUUGAUCGUAUCUCUUCAAAGAAGGAUUCGCAGGUGGAGAGCCUCCAGACUAGCAUUGAUCCCACCGGGCAUGUUCGUGUAACGAAGACAAUGCAGAAGUUGGAAAUGCCGCAUCACUCAGAGGGCUACCGACGUUUGAUGAAGGUGGAAGUGGAAGCACAUGCAUGGCUUUGCAUGAGUGCACGGUUCAAGGCAAAGGCUUGGUUGCAAGGGCUUCAGCUUGAAGAUUUUACUAGGUUUGUUGAAUACAUCUUGGGAGAUCGUGUUGGCAAUUUGAAGUUGCCCACUGCUUCUGGGCUGGAGACCCAGUUCAACCGGCCACCAUGGAACAUCGUCUUGAGUUAUGAAUAUAAGUUGAGGGUUGAAGCUUUCAAAAUGAUCCUGGAGGGAACCGCCACCAUGGCGGAGGCACUUCGGGCAGUGCGUGAGGACCCAUCUUUGAAAGAGGCUUACUUUACAACGCCGCUGGCCUUGCACACAGCUGGUACACCGAACAAGUUUCGGAAGGGCAAUAGCAAAGGAAAGGAUAAGACUCAAGGGCAAGAGAUUCCGCCGCCGCCCGCGCCACAUCAGAACGGACGUGGAACAGGGAAAGGCAAAGGCAAGAAAGGCCAACCUGUGGCACCAAGGGUGGUGCAUGUCUUUGCAGAUCCUGCUGAGCGCUUUGAUUGGAAGCCGCAUCUCAGCAACAGCAUGUCGCAGCCAGAAUUCAUUGCUUUUGGAUUUGAUGCAAACAACCUGUUUAGUGGGGACGCUUGGGAUCAGUUGUUUGAGCUUGUGAAACAACCGAAAACUGUGAUCUUGAUUUCGCCACCCUAUGAUACUUUUAGUCGGGCGAGGCAUAAGCAACCUGGGCCCCCGCCACUCCGCAGUGACAAGUGGCCCAGAGGUUUUCCAUGGCUUAAGGAUUCGUCCAUGCAGAAGGUGACUUCUGCCAAUCAUUUUAUCGACCAGUGUUUGAAAGCAACAGUUUUCGCGGCCGAGGCUGGCAACUUCUUCAUGUGGGAAGCGCCGGAACACUUGGGCCGCACUGCUGACGGCCUCGUGCCGAGCUCCAUUUGGGCUUGGCCUGAAUUACUUGACUGCAUUCCGCGUUUUGCUGCCACAACCUUUGUGCAUUACUUGUGCGAGUUCGGGGCUGACUUGGCAAAACCAACACGUUACUUGAGUAAUUUGCCCUUCUUUCGUCACUCGCCACGGCCUUUGACUGGGCUGCCGAUGUUGGAUGCAGAUCACCGCUACGUUGGGUUCUUUGGCUACCGACCCGUCCUCGCCUUCAGGUUGCAGUGCCACGGCUGUUGUAGUUCCCAUGCGCAUCCUUUGAAGUCCUCCCGCGAUCCCGAGAAUGCAGCCUCAAAGCUACUGGCGGCGCCAGGAGCCGCCCAGGGAAUCGACUUCGCCUACACCGGGCAGGGCUUUCGCAACGGGUACUUGCAGCAGGUUGCACCUGGCUUUCAAGCAUCCGCUAUUGCGAUCUUCGAUGAUGUCAGGACGGGUGUCCAUCGUGAUGCCCGGAAUGCACACUAUCCGAACAUGGUAGCGCCGUUAUCCGAUUUCGAAGACGGCCAAAUCUGGCUGGAACAGCAAGGAGGCGAUGUAUGGGAGACAACGCCAGAAGGGCAGAGACCUGGCGUCCUCUUGGAGGUUUGCAAGGGUCCUGUAAGCUUCGAUGCAUGGCGGUCAUACCAUGCUACCCGAUCGUGGAAGGGCCGUCGGGUGGUGAUGGUAGCAUACAUGACCGAUAAGCUUGGCAAUGUUGAGGCUUCCGACCUAGCUCACCUUAAGGCCUUGGGGUUCGAGUUACCACUUGACUUGGAUGCAUCAAAUGGGGAGACUUCAGAAGCUCUGGGUACUGCCGAGGGCCCAAGCGCAGAAGACACAGCACCACCCGUGCCGUUCAGACCAGAGGCAUGCGGGAACCGCGGCAACCCCAUUCGUGUUGAGUGGGAAGGACAGGAGGCUGACAUGACAGACGGGUUCGGGUUGUGUUCCCCGGGGCGAUGGAGGCCAAUGGAUCGGGGGCAUCGCCUGGGCCCAGCGGCUACUGCACAUGCACAAUCCAUGUACCGGAUGCUUACGAGCUUCAUUGCCGAGCAUGUUCCUGAUCCCCGACGCUUCUGCUUGAGCCUACUUUCAGGUAAGGUCGAAUCAUCCCCAUUCGCUGGGGAGAAGUUGGAAGCCCUGCGUAAACAGUGGGCAGGGGUACUUGGUGCAGAGAACAAUCCAGACGUGCUCGAAAUCCCAGGUGCGCAGCCCUUCUUGCUCAGGGCCUUGUCACUUUCGGCUGAAAGACUUGAGGACCCAGACUGGCAGGUUUUAACGGAGGGGGUCGACAGUUUCUGUACCGGGGUGCCCCUAGGUCUUAAUUGUGACAUACCGCAUUUGCCGCAGGUGUAUGAAAAGAAAUGUCAUUGGCGUAAACUUGAUGAGUCAGAGUUGGAGUUUGAUCGGGAAAAUUAUAAGAGCGCCGAGUUGAGCUCCGCCGAGCUCCUCGAAAAGUUUCGUGCCGAAGAAAAACUUGGGCGGAUGAAACCGACAACGCUCGGAGCCUUGCGCGAGGAGGACAGUGAGGACAUGAUCCGCGUGGCCUCCAUGGGAGUCAUCCUCAAACCCGAUGGCAGUGUGCGGCCAUCACAUGAUGGAACGCACGGCGUCAAUGUCAACAAUCAGAUACGCUUGGUGAAUCAGCUAGCCGUACCAGGGCCGGCCGAGAUGUCAUUUUCAGUUCGGCAACCAGGUGCUAUGCAAGAGAUUCCCUUGGCCGCAACCGCGGACGUGAGUGCUGCACACAGGUUGGUCUUGCAUCGGAAGAGCGAUUGGGCCUUGAUGUCAUGCAGGGCGGAGCAAGGGUCAGACACGAUUUGGAUCAAUAAAGUAGGAACGUUCGGGCUUAGCCCAGCCUCAUUUUGGUGGAGCAGGCUGUACGGAAUCAUAGGCAGAGUGGUCACCCGUUGCCUACUGCAGCACGCCUUUUACCACUUCGCUUAUGUGGACGACGUGCAUCCCACUUUCUAUGGGAAGCGGAUGUACAUCAAUUUCUUGGUUUGGUUAAUCCUUCAAGAAAUGAUAGGGGUGCCUUUCGCCUACCACAAGUUCAAGGGGAAAACGCUUGUCGCUUUCAUAGGCUACGAGCUUGACUACGGCGCCAGACUUGUGGGACUCAGCGAAGCCCGAGGCGCUUGGGUGUGCAACUGGGUCGAUGAGGCACGGAAGGCACGCUUCGUCGUUUCCGUUAGGAAGUUUGCAGAGUUUCUCGGGAGACUUGGUUUCGUGUCCAGGGUCGUGUACUGGAUCAAACCGCACUUGGCCCCCUUGUAUGCUUGGUCAGCUGCAGCUUCGAAGAGCCAUGUUGCAAAAAUGCCGGACACUAUUGCUUUGACUUUGCUCUACUUGGAGGCAACACUUAAAGACAUCAACUUCAAGGUCGCACCGGGUCGACAACGGGAAGAGAAAGGGCAUCUCUUUCACACGGACGCUAAAUGCGAUGAUGGUUAUGUUGUCUUAGGAGGUUGGGACUCUAGCCGCUCUAGCCAGGACCUUUCGGUUGCUUCUUGGUUCUCCAUAGUGGUUAAGCCUGCGGAUGCACCGUACCUUUUCGACGAAGCGGGAAAAUCACAAUGGGCGUCAGCGUCAGCCGAGCUGUUAGCUACAUUGGCUGCUUUGUGGUUUUUCGGACACCUUAAAGAGAGUAGUUCGCAGAGGCGACUCCCGGUCGCCAUUGCCGGGGCCACGGACAAUCAGAGCAACGAGAAGCUUCUUAGAAAACAGUCCACUACUAAGUGGCCACUCAUGCUCAUCAACAUGCAGCUCUCACACCUCUUAAGGAAGGCUUGUCUGAGGCUCAGCUUGACUUGGAAACCACGCGACGAAAACAAGUUGGCAGAUGCUCUGACGAAUCAGGAUUUCAGCUCUUUCAGUUCCGAACACCGCUUGAACGUCAGUUUCAGCGAGCUACCACUUGAGCUCUUGAAUCAGUUGUGGUUGUCGAAGUCCAACUUCGAUGCGUCUCGUAAGGCGCUGCAGUCUGCAAGCAGUUUUCUGCCCCAUGUCCCGAAGAGGAAGCGCGAAGGCACGCCCUGGUGA